UUUCAGUUGCUCUUAAAAAUUGCGUGUGCGUGUACUUGUUGUAAUAAUAAUUUUAUAUUAUUUUAAUAAAGGUGUUAAAUGUGUUUGUGAUAUAAUGGAUAAAAACACACUUAUUCGAGCACGAUUACUCUUUAUCUUGCUUGUUUAUGUUUUAUUUGUGAGAUCAGAGAAACAGAUGCAUGUAAACCAGUUUGAAGCAACAAACAGUUGUAAAUAUUUCGGUGGCUUAGCCUCGUUCGAAUAUUUCAACCCAGCCCCUGGCACGAAAUACAUAGGUAAUGAACCGCAAAAAAGUUUACCAGCAUCCCUUACGGAAGAACUUGAAGACCUGAAUAUAGCGGAAGGCGAAUCGGUCUGGAUAUCCGGCAGUGUAAACUACAGUGAUUUUAUAACUUGGAACUCGUGCGUCAAUGCUAUCGACAGAGAAUAUGCACUGUACUACCGAUUUCAAGACAAUAACAUUUACAAAUGUUGGAAGAUAUGUAAACGCUGGAAACAGUGGUUUGGCUUGCAAGGUGGUGAUUGUUAUUGCGGGUUUAAAGAGCUGCCAGGUAACAGCAAAUAUUGCAGAAAUGACAACUUUGAUCGUGGCAUACACGUUUACAAGACUGUAAAUAGAACGUUAAUGAACAUGACGUAUCAAUGUACCCAAGUAAUGUAUGAUACCAGUUCAAUAUAUAGUUCAAUAAAAUGCUCAUCAAAAGUUCGUGGGAUAUGUACAAAUAGAGUAAAUGCUACAUAUUCUAUGUCUUGUCCCGAAGAGAACUCAGCUAAUAACAUGUCAGCGAAUAACACGUCAACGUGUAUUUUUAAUGAAUCUCGAACCUGGGUGGGGCAAAGAGAUAAUUGCUUUCAUCAUAACGGACAACUUUUGUCGGAUUGGGAAAGCGGAACUGAAUCAUAUGCUGGUUUAAAGUUACAGUAUGCCAUUGGACUAUUUCGAAGCUUCAAUACGACACGUAGAAACAAAGGACACUGUCUGACCUUAACACGCGUUGACGAAGCCUACUGGAUUGAACCAGAGAAUUGUUCGCAAAAGUUACGAUUUUUGUGUAGUAGACUGGAACAUACAGAUUUGACUAGUGCCAGUUCCGUUAAUCAACUUAAUUUUACUAGCGCUGCGCCUACAUUAACACCGGACAUUCGCGUGCUGACGUCUUCAAAGUCAUCCAACACAACAAUAACUACCUCUUCAAAGUCACCCGAUGUUAGCAUUAUAACGUCUACAAUUUCAAGUGAUAUUAGCAAAGCUAUGUCUACAAAGUACCGCGAUGUAACCGUUGCUCCGUCUGUAUCGUCGAUCGAUGUUGCGACUUCAAAAUCUACAAAUACACCCGACGCUACCAAUGCUGCGUCUAUAAAGUCAUCCGAUGUAAGCAUUGAAACGUCUUCAAAGUCACAUGAUGUGAGCAAGCACACGUCUGAAAAGUCGAUCGAUGUUGCGACUACAAAAUCUACAAAGACACCCAAUGCUUCCAUUGCUGCGUCUACAAAAUCAACCGAUGUAAGCAGCGUAACGUCUUCAAAGUCACAUUAUGUUAGCAAGUCUACGUUUGAAACGUCUAUCGAUGUAACGACUAUAGCAUUUACAAACUCACCCGAUGUAGUAAUUGCUACGUCUACAAGCUCACCCAAUGUAGUCAUAGCUACUUCUACAAGGUCGCCCGAUGCUUCGACGGCUAUGCCUACAAAAUCACCAGAUCUUACCAAUACAACGUCGACAAACUCAUCUAAUGCCACCAAUACUGCGUCCACAAAGUCACUAGAUAUUACGAAUGCUACGUCUUCAAAGUCAACCCAUUAUAAUAUUGCUACGUCUACUAAGUCACCAGAUUACACCAUUACAACGUCUAAAACGUCACCGUAUGUACCCAUUAAAACAUCUACAAAGUCACUAAAUACUACGACAGCAAAAACUUCACACGAUACCACAACUAAUAGUUCUACAAAGUCAUCCUAUUUCACCAUUACUACGUCUGCAUCUAUACAGGCAUACGAUUCAUCUAAAACGUCUCCAGAUGUCAUAAUUACAACUCCUGCAAAGUCACCCGCGACCGUCACUACUACUACUCCAAAGUCACCCGAUGCCACUCUCAGUACGUCUACACAGUCAAAGGAUGUCACAAUUAAAACAUUUAAAAAGUUACCCGAAGCCACUUUUACUAAUUCUGCAAAGUCACCCGAUGCAACAAUUAUAACGUCUACAAAGUCGUCCGAUGUAAGCGGUGUUACGUCUUCAAAGCCACACGUUGGCACUAUUACUUCGUCUUCUGAUCCACCAGAUGUGAACAUUGUUACGUCUACAAAGUUGACAGAUCUAACUAACGUUUCGUUUACAUAUGCAGCAGAGGUGACCAGUGCACCGUCUACAGAAUCAUCUGAUGUUUACAAUUUAUCGACUUCAAAGUCUACUGCUGUAAUCAGAGUAUUGUCGACAAAAUUAGAUAAUUUUACGAGUGUAUCAUCUACAACGUCAACGAAUCUUACCAGUAAAACGUCUCCAAAGAUACAUUAUGGAUCAGAUGUAGCGUCAACGAAGUACGAUAAUACGAGUUUAUCGUCUAUAAAGCAAAUGGAAAUUACCAGUGUACCGUCUACAAAGUUAACCGAUCUUAACAAUGAUAUGCCAACAAUGUCAUCCAAAUUAUUAAGUGUUUCGUCUUCUAGGUUACAUGACGUUAUAAAACAUACGUCCUCGAGUUCAGAUGAUGUUACCAAAAUUACAUUAUUAAAGUCUUCAGAUGUAACCAAUAUUACCUAUACACGACAAUCAGAUGUAGAUAAGACCAGGGUCACUCCUGCGGACGCUUUCGUCGUGUCUAGUGAGGCAUAUAAUAUUUUACAUCCGGAACUACAAGAUGGGUCAGGCGAGUUGAUCAGCAACAUAUUUACAGAAGACGGCAUUACGCCUAGUGAACCUGGUAAUACCCCAUCAAAUGAACUGCCGGACGGGUCAGGAGAAGUUUCAUUUGACGUUUCCCUUUUAACGCCAACAAAUGUACCAGUUGAACCAAUCGAGACCUCAAAUCAGGACAUAGAUGUGUCUAGUCUUUUGAAAGCGUCCACGCUGAUGUCUACAAACGUUACUGAGCUUUCUUUUAUAACUUCAACAACUAUUUCACUUUUGUCCAGCGUGUUGUCAACACAUACAUCAUAUGUGGACACUGUAACUUCUAAAACAGUUCGAGAGUUUGUAAACGCGACGACUGCUAAUGUAUCAGAUGUGAGCAGAGUGACAUCUAUAAAUCUACUAGAGGUGUCAGGUGACAAGUCUUCAAACGAAAGAGAAGUGUCAAGCGUAGCGAAGACAAAUGUACCAGAGGUGAAUAUUGCAACAUCUACAAGUACACCGGAUGUAGCGAAUACAAAUGUACCAGAGGUGACUAUGUUAACAUCAACAAUUACACCGGAUGUAGCGAAUACAAAUGUACCAGAGGCGACUAUUGUAACAUCUACAAGUACACCGGAUGUGUUGAAUACAAAUGUACCAGAGGCGACUAUUGUAACAUCUACAAGUUCACCGGAUGUAGCGAAUACAAAUGUACCAGAGGCGACUAUUGUAGCAUCUACGAGUUCACCGGAUGUAGCAAAUACAAAUGUACCAGAGGCGACUAUUGUAACAUCUACGAGUAUACCGGAUGUAAGCAGUCUGAUAUCUAUGAAUGCACCGUCUGUUAGCAGAUUGCCAUCUUCAAAUGAACACGAGGCAUCUAGUGUGGCAGAUACGCAUGCAUCAGAUGCGUCCAGUAUGCUAUAUACAAACGGACCAGAUUUGUUUGUUGUGACGUCACAUGAACCGGGCAUGGCCAGUGUAACAUCUACUAAUCAACCGAUUGUUUUGAAUAUUACAUCUACAAGUGUACAAGAGAUGAGCAAUGUGACAUCAACACGUCUAUAUAAUCAAAACGUAACGAAUAAAAUUCAAAAUGAUUUAUCUGAAUCAAAAUCAAGUCUUGAUAGUGAUUUCCUUAUUGUAAGUAUAGUAUGUUCGAUUGUUUUCAUAUUUUUGGCUGUCGGUGGAAUAGCUUUAUUUAUAAAGUAUAGGAGUAGCAGAACCGUAUCAUGCUGCGACUAGUUAAUAAGACAAAGAAACGAGUGGUAGUGAGAAUAAAUCGAGUUUACUUAGCACUAACAUUUGUCACACAACAACACAGAAAAUGGUCUUUAUAUUCAGCAUUCAAAACGAACUUUUAUAAAUGUGGUGAAGACAUCUGGAGUAGUGUUUUUUGAAAGCAAGUGUUUUACUAUGGUUAAUUUAUUAAUUUUAACAAUACAUGUAAAGGCGAUGUGUUAAAACUUCGUCAAUUUAAUACUUAUAAAAUGUUAUGCCAGUAUUUUGUUCAAAGAAUUUUACAAAUCUUUAUUGUACUGUUAAGCAAAAUACAUUCAUAGACGUGUUUUCUUUAACAAGUAAGAUGUCAUAUAAACUUUAUAUUUAUAUUUGAGCUAACAUUGCUAGUGAUAUCAGCUAGCGCUGAAAACCCAUUUGCGUAUUCAUCGACCUAAUCGGAGAAUGUGUCUACGCAAUUAGUAAUUGCGAGGUAGUCUGUGAAGAAGAGAUUCGGAAGACUGCUGCAGUGUUUUUAAAGUAACAUAUGCUUGUCUUGCUAUUAUGACGUCUAACCGUGACUCCAUAUCGAGCCGCUUGGCUGCUGUGAUGUUCAAUAAAACACAGUAUAUUCCAA